AGCACAAAUAGCGCGCGCAAAGGCGCCAGGCCCUGCCGCCCGGAUGUGGAAAGGAUGCGCAGAGGUAGGGCAGCAGCCUCCGGGCUGGAGAAGUGGGCGCGGAAGAGUGUCUGCACCUCCGCGCGGCCGUUUAAGUACAACCCCCGCAACGCGGAGAGCUGGCCACCGCGCCACGAAUAAACGAAACAAAGGCCCGCAGCGCGGGGAUUGUUUUCAGAAGCGCGGCCGUCGUCAUCGUUUGCGCCCGGGACCUUUCUUGGGGCUGCGCCUGGGUGGCGCUAGAAACGGCGGGCCAACACUGCGCCCGGACGUUGGGCACGAAGGGGGGCGCGCCUUGUUGUUGGCCUCGCAGUCACUUCCUUGGGCCCCGCAUCCGGCCCGCCGCCGCGGGUCGGCUUCCUUUCGUUCUUUGCAGUUGCCCCGGCCUGCUGGUGGGGGGCCACGGAGGGAGACAGAGCCCCCCGGCGCAGAUGCCGCGUUUAGUUCGCGGCGGGCCUGUGAAGCAAGAGCCCGGCGCGGCCUUGGAGCUAACGCACGAC